AUGAAAGAAAGGUCACAGCCAGUGUCAAGAUAUGGUAUAAAACAAGAAACAAAGAUUGGGAAGAUCAUCAGUUUGGCAUUGAUCAACGCGUACUGGGUCUCAGUGACAAUGAAGAAAAUCGUGCUAGUGUUGUUUUUCGUGAUCGGUGCUUUAGCACAGGACAGUUUCGAUAACGCUGGUGUUCGUGUAGCCCUCAAAAUCUACGAUGAUUGUUCGAAAGCUGACGGAUUCACCCCUUGCCUCAAGAAAAAAGCAAUCACCUUCUUGGACAGGCUCGGAAGAAUGGAUAAAUUCUCCCUAGCAGAAGGAGUAGUAGUCUCUAAAGCAUCCGACUCACCUAAAGAAGGACCAGUAAUCACCGAAGAAACCCUGGAGCAAACCCUACCCAGAGCAGCUGAUGCCAAAGAUGAAGCCCUCAGCAACCUCCUACUCGAGAAGGUCACCAACUUCAUUGGAUCCAGGUCCGUAGAGGUCUCCCUUCCAAAAAUCUCUGGAAGAGAACUAGCAGAGGAUCUAGGAGUUGAAGAAGGGAGGAAGAAGAACGGUGGAGGUGGCGGUAAAGGAGGCAUGAAGGGCAUGAUGGGAGGAAUGAUGAUGGGCAUCGCAGCCAAGAUGGCCGCUCUCAUUCCUAUCGCCAUCGCAGGACUGUUCCUGUUGGCUGGUAAGGCUCUGAUCACUGCCAAGAUCGCGCUUCUUCUGUCUGGAAUCAUCGCCAUCAAGAAGCUGUUGGGAUCGAAGCAAGGGGGUGGUGGAGGCGGACACGGAGGUGGUGGAUGGCAGUCCAGCGGAGGUCAUGGGGGUGGAAGCGGGGGGUGGCAGUCCAGUGGCGGCGGCUGGGACAAGCGGUCCAUCGAGGAAGCGCAGAAUUUGGCUUACAAUGCGUACGCCCCAAAAUGA